ACCACACAUACCACAAGUCACAUUUACGGUUUCCGCACUGGAGGAAAGGGAAGUUUACGGGAAGCACCUGAACGCAACACAACAUUACCAGCACUCCAGCGGCUGAGAAGAGAAAAGAUGCAGACUAUAAAGUGUGUGGUGGUUGGUGAUGGUGCCGUGGGAAAGACUUGCCUCCUCAUCUCCUACACCACCAACAAGUUCCCCUCUGAAUACGUCCCCACGGUUUUUGAUAAUUAUGCCGUGACAGUGAUGAUCGGCGGCGAGCCAUACACUCUAGGACUGUUUGACACUGCAGGUCAGGAGGACUACGACAGGCUGCGGCCGCUCAGCUACCCUCAGACCGACGUCUUCCUCGUCUGUUUCUCUGUCGUAUCGCCUUCCUCUUUUGAAAACGUCAGAGAGAAGUGGGUGCCGGAGAUUUCCCACCACUGCCCGCGGACGCCCUUCCUGCUGGUCGGGACCCAGGUGGACCUGAGAGACGACAGCAACACUCUGGAGAAACUGGCCAAGAACAAACAGCGAGCUCUGACCUGUGAGAGCGGAGAGAAACUGGCCCGUGAGCUGAAGGCCGUCAAAUACGUGGAGUGUUCAGCUCUCACUCAGAGAGGACUGAAGAACGUGUUCGACGAGGCCAUCCUGGCGGCUCUGGAGCCUCCAGACAACAAACCCAAGAAGCGCUGCGUCCUGCUAUAGAUGCCCCCCGGUGGAGGAGGAGGAAGAGGAGGAGGAGGAGGAGGAGAGGAACCCAGGCAGGAACAGAGGGAGGAGGGAGGGUGUGGAGGUGGACGAGGUAGACGCAUGUUAAACAGUGCCUUCAGCCGUUGUGGCUUAAUGUGGGUGUGGUGUUGGAGGAGACGGGCUUUCAUCCUAGAUACGUGUCGAUUAUAAUAUGACUAACACAUGUGAACAACACUCCUCACUAACCAGGAAACCAGGGUUUUAAUUAAUUAUAGGAGGAGGCGGGUUGAGCAAUAGACGCCUUUUAAAGGUGGAUGGAGUCACGGUUACAGCUGAAAGUGCCAACCGCCUUCUCAAAGUGGGGACAUUUCUCAAAUUUAAAAGAUUUCUGCUCUAGUCAAACGUUUAAGUUUUGUAUAAAAUGUCU